AUGAGCUCGUUAGUGGAGAAUUUUUGCCAACCCUCCCCUCAACUGGAAGGCCUGGGCCGACUGCACCCGUACGGCUCGGGCAGCGGCUCGAGCGACGGCAGCGGGCGGCGGAGGACGCGCCCCCGCGGCCCCCCCUCGCCAACCGCCCCCACCACCCCCACGUCUGCGUCGGACAACGCCUCCGACGCGACCCUCACGGACUCGGAGCUGCCGCUGGCGCGGGACUCGACGCUGCUCGUGCAAAACGGUGCGUACCGCAGCUCAAGUCUUCGCGUGCUAAUCUACGCAUCUGGCAUC